CAGUCUUUGUGUUGGACCACGUUGGGUUGAGUAGGUUACGCGUUUCUUAUUCCAAGUGAUUUCGGGUCGAAUAAUUAACUGCUAAAUAAUUAUAAUAAAGUAAUAGAAUCGUUCGUAAAUCGUUCUUGUGCCAUUCAUCAAGUGUAUGAGUAAAUCUGUGAGUGUUACAAGUUCUCUGAUACAAUUUAUAAGAGAGAAACGAACUUGCUGUAUUUCUUGAAAUUAAUUCGUCGCAUAUUGGAACGUGAGGCGUCUUUAUGUUACUUUUCCCGAAUUGUGUGAAUUUAUCCAAGUUUCAACAGUCAAAACAUCGAAUUUCUACAAGAGAGAAAAUAUGACAACAGUCACAUUUAAAAAUGCUCCUUUUUACUAUAAGGAGACUAAGAAAUAUCCUUACAUCGACAAAAUAUCCGUGGGAAACGAUGAUUAUAAAACAGAUUUUGUUUAUGAAUUUGUAAAAAAUAAAUUUGUUUACCAACCAUUGAAUGAUCGUUACACAUCUUUUUUUAAUAAUAUAAUUGGACCACCUAAGAAAUGUACAAAUUAUGACAAUUUUAAUCAGCCGUUGGCCGAGCUGGACGAAGUAAAUCCAAAAUCAACUGAUUACCAAUUUCUGAUGUCGAAUGGGGAAAAUAUGGAUACAAAUUUUAUUAAUAUCGAGUUUCACGAAGCUAUAUAUCCUAUUAAAGUCUGCAUGUAUGUAAUGAAUUAUCCUCACGAUUUAGUUCGAAUUUGGGCUCAAAAUUCUGAUAAUCAGUGGUUUCUGUUAUGGCAUAAAAAUAUUUAUGCAGAAUACAACAGAGCUUUAAGACAGUUUUUACCGCCUUUAAAAAUGCAUACAUUUAAAACUAAAGUGCUGAGACUGGAAUUUCACAAUACCAUUUUGAAUUUUGAUUGGAUACAAUUAGAUGCUGUACUGCUUAUCGGAAUACAAAGAGUUUUCGUAAGUGUGAACUUGAAUAUAAGCAAGUAUCUCAAUCUAAGCAGGAAUAUAAUCGUUGCUUUCCGUUAA